AAUAAUGCACGUGCCUACCCACUUUCCAGCCUCGCCGUAUAUUCGCAUCGCGAGUUUCUGAACACACUAGCAGUCGAGGACGGAGGCGGCGACGGGUUCAAACUCCCCUGUGAACGCACCCUUUCCCAGCUUCAAAGAGAAAGUUCGAAAAAGCCAUGAAUGCUCCCGAUCGCUACGAGCGAUUCGUCGUCCCAGAGGGCACUAAAAAGGUUUCGUAUGAAAGAGACACGAAGAUCAUAAAUGCGGCGUCGUUUACUGUAGAGAGAGAGGACCACACCAUCGGCAACAUUCUUCGCAUGCAGUUGCACAGAGACGAAAAUGUUCUCUUUGCAGGAUACAAGCUCCCUCACCCUCUCAAGUAUAAAAUCAUUGUUAGGAUCCAUACAACUAGCCAGUCUUCGCCAAUGCAGGCAUAUAACCAGGCUAUCAAUGAUUUGGACAAGGAAUUUGACCAUUUGAAGAAUGCAUUUGAGGCUGAGCUGGCAAAAUUUUCUCGGGAUUACUAGCACAUGACGCCAGAAAAGAACCAGGGUGAAAGGACAUUCAGUUGAUCAAGCAACGAUCUGUGUUGUAUCAAGCUGAUUGCUUAAUAUUACACCUAUGUUUAUCAUCUUAAUCAGUGUUUAUUAAAUCCUUCCCUGAUAUGAACCUUGAUGUCUGCAUGCACCUGGCGUCUUCCAUGGCACUGUUUCUAUUGUUAUGCAAACCUUAAAUUUCAUUUUGA